AUAAAAACCUCUCUUCAACGGCAAGAAGCUAAUUAAAGCGUAGAUUAAAUUAUGAGCUUCACCACAGAAGAGCGAGGAAAGCCCAACACACAAGAUUACAGAGUGUUCUUCAAAGAUUCAGAUGGAAAGUACAUUUCACCAUUCCAUGACAUACCAAUAUAUGCAGAUGAAGCCCAGAAUAUUUUCCAUGCUGUAAUUGAAGUUCCCAGGUGGACAAAUGCAAAGAUGGAGAUCGCUACAAAGGACCCGCUAAACCCAUUGAAACAAGACGUUAAAAAGGGCAACCUGCGUUACGUAGCCAAUGUGUUUCCACACAAAGGCUAUAUCUGGAACUAUGGAGCAAUCCCUCAGACAUGGGAAGAUCCAGGCCACACAGACGAGGACACUGGAUGUUGUGGUGACAAUGACCCCAUAGAUAUCUGUGAUAUUGGUAAUAAGGUGUGUUUACGUGGAGAGGUCAUUAAAGUGAAGGUUUUGGGCGUCCUGGCACUAGUUGAUGAGGGGGAAACGGAUUGGAAAGUCAUCGUAAUCAACAUGGAGGACCCUGAGGCCAAGGACUUUAACAAUAUCGAAGAUGUGAGAAGGCUGAAGCCUGGCUACCUUAAGGCAACAGUGGAUUGGUUUAAGAGGUACAAGGUUCCAGAUGGAAAACCUGAAAACGAGUUUGCAUUCAACGGAGAGUUCAAAGACAAGGACUUUGCUAUUGACACAGUGAAGAGAACCCAUGUCUUUUGGAAGGCACUAAUCGCACAGAAGACUGAUGCCAGGGACCUAAAGCGCAUGAACACCUGCGUCUCUGACAGUCCCUUCUGCUGUUCGAAGGACGAUGCUAAAGCUGUUGUUGAUGCGACAUGUCCUUUUGGUGAAGAAGAACCAAUUCCAUCAGCAGUUGACAAAUGGUUCUACUAUGAGAACUGUCCUUAA